AUGGAUGCCAGCGCUAAACGGUCCAGUUAUGUCCGUAUUUUCGUUCCUUUGCACGUUAUCCACGUAGUGCUGUCAUUUGGGAUCAUUAUUGCUCUGGUUCAAAUCCAAAUCAGUAAUAAUUCACGCUUUGAGAAGUUCGAAGMAAAUUGUCAAUGCAAUCUUAACAGAGACGAUUCAUCGGAAAAUUCUGAAGAAAUUGKCCAGGGAAAGACUCCUUCGUCGAAACCUUUUAUGCAUGUACGGAGGUCAACAGAGUURGAUGAAGAUGGAGAGAUAACGGAGUCUUUAAGUAAAACCUCAAAGGGUAUUAAUUCAAGUUUUGAUGAGACUUGGAAUAAGACAACUCGUGAAAGGAAUGKCACYUCAAAAGUGACUCAUAUGACAGAUUACACYAAAGRAAAUGAAGAAAACUAUAACRUGUCUGGUGUGCAGGGCAGAMUUAAAAAUGAUACGAGUAAAGGACUAGAAAAAGAUUUUAUUAACGGUGGUGAAGACAUGACCAACACGGAUCUCGAAGGAAAUGUCACUGACGCUGAACUUGCCAAGAAGAUGACCAAUGUAACGGAAGUCCAUGGAUACAGAAAAACUGUUGAAUCUAUAUUUCCCAAGAUUACAUCAUUCCUUGAUCAGCCAAUCACAGUCAACGAAAGCACCUCUCUUAUUCUACCAUGCAAUGCCACAGGGUACCCAACCCCUGAUAUACAAUGGCUAAAAGCGAAUGACUCUCUUCCAGAACAUCGUCAUACCUAUAACGGCCAGUUUCUGAAUGUUAGCAAUGUUGUGUACGAAGACCGAGGGGUGUACAUAUGUUUUGCUAACAACACUGUUGGUGUGGUCAAUAGGAGCGUCGAGGUUAUUGUCCAAGUGAGUCCUAAGAUUAUUCAAAGGCCAAGCAAAUUUGAAACUGGAUACUUGUCACAUUCAAAACAUCUCAACUUUCAAGUUUUUUCGUUUCCUGAAGCAACUAUUUUGUGGACGAGGCCUUUGUGGACCCUUCAGGAUGAGGACAGGUUUAGAGUUGAGAAUGGAAGUCUUGUUAUAAGUAACGUGACGAGCACUGAUCUUGGACUAUACGAAGUAGUGGCCAGGAAUUUACUUGGAGAGGUCAAAGCAUCGACAUUUUUGGUUGUUCAAAAACCAGUCGCCCCAUGGAUAAGGCUUACUCCAAUUGAAGCAAAAGUUACAGUCAUUGCUCGAAAACGUCUUGAAAAAGAAUGUUCCGCGUUUGGCCGUCCAAGUCCCAUGAUAAUUUGGAAGCUAAAUGGUCGUACAUUGCUAAAUACAACGAGGUCUAGUCUUAUGCUGAACAUUUCCAUCUUACAAGAUGAUCAAUCUGGAAAUUAUUCGUGCGAAGCGUCAAAUGAAUUUGGUAUGGCAUCGCAGGAUUUUAAGGUCACAGUAAUACCGGUAAAUGUUCAAAGUAAUUGUAACUACAAAAGCAUCAGUUCCUUCAGUGGUUACAUUAGGUCACCUGGGUAUCCUGGAAAAUAUACAGACAAUUUGAGUUGCUAUUGGAAACUCACCUCAAAGUCUCGAGUUCGUCUUUCUUUUGAGGCAUUCAACACAGAGUCAACUCAUGAUAAAGUGACUGUUUAUGAUGGAGAAUCAACCUCUUCCAGGCGUCUUGGGGUUUACACUGGGAGUUCGAUUCCAAGACCUAUCAUAAGUUCUUUUUCUACAUUGUAUGUAACUUUUACCUCUGACGGUUCAAGUACUUAUACAGGAUUCUCUGCGAAAUAUCAAGUAAUCGUUUAGAAGCACAUGUUGUGAUGAUAUCUUUUUCUGGCGUUGCAAGACAUAUCUCUGAGGAAAUUGCACAUCACCUUCCAGCACUAAGAAUUAUAGCAUUGACGCAUACAACAGUCAGCUUGAUGCAUGCUCAAUAGACAAAACCAUAUCAAACUUAUAUACCAAAUGGCUUUAGAAUUAAAAUCCAUCCUUGAUAGA